GUUACAACACAAUUAGAGAAGUUGAGCAAAGUCCAGACUAUUAUUUUCAAAACAGAGCAAUUUGCGUCCUUACUUGAAGCAUGUAUUGCAAGAUUUAAGUACUUGCGGGUGCUUGAUCUGCUUGAUUCAUCCUUUGAGGUGUUGCCAAGUUCCAUCGGAAGUUUGAAACAUUUGAGAUAUCUUGACCUAUCAAAUAAUUGCAUAAUCAAUCAACUUCCAGAUUCCAUUUGCAACCUACAUAGUUUGCAAACUUUGGGGCUUGGUAAUUGCAGCAAUCUUAAACGGUUGCCCAAAGGUAUAAGCGACAUAAUCAGUCUUAGGGUUUUGAGUGUUACAACAAAGCAUACCUGCUUGUCGGAGAAGGCAGUGGGUUUCUUGGAUUCUCUUCGAUCUUUGUGGAUAAUUGAAUGUGAGAAUCUAAAAUGUUUGUUUGAAGGGAUGGAGGGGCGCCUCACCAAUCUUCGAACAUUGGUUGUUGUACAAUGUCCAAGGUUGCCCUCUUUGUCACUUAGUAUCAAACACCUAACUGCCCUAGAGAACCUAAUAAUUGGGGAUUGUGAAAAGCUUAGUUUGACGGAUAAAGAAAAGAAUCAAGAUCUCAAGUUAAGCAUCCGAUCAUUGAUGAUUGAGAAGUUACCUAAGUUGGAGAUUUUGCCCCAGUGGCUCCAAGCAUCUGCCAACACUUUACAGCACCUACAGAUUGAAGAUUGUUGUAAUUUCACUGCUUUUCCUGAGUGGCUGCCACAUCUAAAAUCACUUCAAACACUUAGAAUUAAACGUUGCCAUAUGUUCUCAUCACUCCUGGACGGGAUGCAAGAUCUCAUUGCACUAAGAGAAUUUCAGAUUUGGAGAUGUCCUAAGUUGAGUAGAAAGUGCAUAGAAGAUGUUAGGCACAAGAUUGCUCAUGUACCAAACAUUGAGAUGACGACAUCAGCUUAUAUUUACAAGGAGAAGAUGAUGAGGAGUUCAACACAAGUUACAAUCAAUAGAUUCUAAAUGUUGCUCAAUUCAAAGUCACAUGUUCCUUCCGUAAUUCGUAAGCAUUUCUUCAUUGCAAUUUGUAGUACAAUAUGUAAAUAGAUAAAUAUUUCUGUUGUUUAAUUUAAUAGUAAGUGAUGUAAAUAAAUAAAUGUUUAUAUUAUUGUAAUUUGUGGUAAAUGAUGUCAAUAAAUAAACAUAUAUGUCAUUUUAAUUCAAAGUAAGAGAUGUAAAUAAAUAAGAAGUGAUGUGUAUACUCUCCUUGGCUACAUUCUUGUGUAUAAAGUUAAGAGAUCCAUGUAUUUGUGUGUGCAAACAUUCGUUCUUAUAUUCAUAUUUUAUGAUUCUUCUUCAUAAGCACGAAGCACCAUGUGUAAUAACAUGCUUAAUUAAUUAGAAUAUUUGGUGUGUAAUUGCCAUUGAAGGGAAUGAUAUUUGUAUUUGGAAUUAUAAAGUUUCAUUUCCAUAUAAAGCUCCUUCUAACU